UUUCCAGUAAUGUAUGAAAUUCAGGCUGCUGCUGCUGCUGCAAAUUAGCUGAAAAUUCAGUCUACUGGCUCUGGAAAGGAGAAAAUGUUUCCAUUAACCUUCUCCAUUUUGAGUAAAUUUUCUCAUUUUAGCUCUUCAUAGCGCUUCACAUAAACACGCUAAAGUUGCUGUAUUUACAAAGAAGUAUUAUUUUGAACACCAUUAAGUAAAAAUUAACGCUUUCUCAGAACAAUUGAUUUGCGCUAGCGUGAAUUCCCUUUGUUGAUGGAAGUUCUUCUUGUGAUUAUAUCCCUGGUGGGGGGCGCCAUUGGGGUUCUUGGGGAGGACGGGGCUGCUGGAGGGGCACGGGGAUGUGCUUGGGGUCGCGUGCCCCCAGUUUGAUCCCCGGACCCCAGCCUGGGAUCACGUGGCCAUCACGGAGGAGGGCGUGCGACGUUCGCUGGUCCAGUACUUCAAAGAGGUACCUAAUGCAAAAACAAAGAGGGUACUCGACUACCGCCGUGGCAUGACGCUGGAAGAGGCCUACCGCGCAUACCACGAUCCGAAUGUACCUACCAAGCGCCUCCUGCUGGCCCUGCAGGAUAUCGCCGACGCUGCAGCGGACACCCACGUCGGAGGCAUGGGUGCCCAGCCAAUGUACCACUUCAACAACGAACAGUUCGCGGCGUCACAUGCGGUGCUGCAGGCGCGGUGGGGGCGGCUAGUAGGCGCGUUGAAGACGCGUGAAGUGGCGGCGGCGAGGUACCUGCUGGGCACGUCGCUCGCAGCCUUGCAAGACUUCUACUCGCACUCCAACUGGAUCGAGCUGGGCCACGACUCCAUCCUUGAAGGUCUUGGGCUGCCAAGCGGGACGCUGCCGGACGUCGCUCGCUUUGAUGAGGAGACUUGCGUCACAUGCCUCAAUAAUGGAGUUGACUGCAAGAGUCACCUGACAGAUUCUAUUCUGGCGUCUGGCUUGCUGACUUCUGAGUACGUCACCAACAUGGGAUACACGCCUCUGCCAGGCAAGUGUCAGCUUCCUCCCCGUCAGGCAAGACGUGGUCGCAAGGUGGUGGGGGGCAUUAGCAAGGACCUACCCUCAGCCUGCUUCAGCCCUCGGCCUGACCUGCACAAUCGAGCGGCGCUACUCGCUGCGCAGGCAACGGCACAUUACCUCACGGCGCUCAGACAGGCCGUGGGCAACGAGCUAUUCCAUCACCUGCUGUCACUGCACCCAAGACCAGCUGUAGCCAUCGUCACCGACGGCAGGAAGGAUUUCACCGAAACCCUGUUGAACUCUUUGCCUUUCGGAACAUUAGGGCUGUCAGAACCUGAAGAAUACCUAUUAGUUUUUUACUCGAAUACUCUAAGAGGAGGGGGAGGAGUGUUUCGGUCAGGUUCUGCUACUGCUCUUGUACAAGCCCUAAAAUCCUCCCUAGUCGAUGACUCAGCAGCUGCACUACGGGACCCUCUGGCUGGUCUGCACACGGCUGCCCACGCAGCACUGCCUGACACGGAGGUCUUCAUGCUAACGGAGAGCGCUCCCUUGGGAGGGAACACGGGGGCCAACAUGCCCCUGCAUACACGAGAACUGCUGUUGCGCAAGAGAAUCAAGGUAAUGCCGUUGGUGGUUGGACACAUUUUACAAAAAGAUGAGACCGCACAGAACCAAUCAAGCAAAACUAAUUCAUCAUAUGACACAUGGAUUUGGGGAAACGUUAGUGCCAUUCCCCUUGAGCCGGAGCCUGCUGAAGGAGAGCAAGAGCUGCUUUCAGCAAGUCGCGUCUACCAGAUCCUGGCAGAAUUCGCCUUAGUGACAGGAGGUCACGUCAUCGACGUGCCAACUGCUACUGAUCUGAGGAGCGCUCUUGCCGCUGUCAAGCAACAGUAUUUUCAGGGCGAGGUUGUGUUGUAUCGCGAUAUUUCGGGGUCGAGUGCCAAGAUCAUCAACAUCACAGUGGAUAAUCGCGUGCAGGCAGUCGGCAUAUCGCUCUACGGCACUUUUGUCUCAGCAACUAUGACGGCUGAUGGUGGAUCGAUUACUGAUCUUCUUGGUGCUCCUCCAACGACAACCAGAAAUCCUUAUCGGGUCAACCAGGUUCCAGUCACUCCAGACAUUAUGAAGUACAAAGUGGGGCGCACGUUCAUGCUUGUCAGGUCGGCAUUGGCGAAAAAAAUCAAAUAUCUGACAUUGACGUACCUUCCAUCUGGCGUCGCGUCAGUCAUAGUUACGGCAUCUUCAGCGGCGGAUAUCAUCCCUUCGUUCUACCACGCUGAUGUCAACAGCAGCUACCCGUCUUUGCAACGUUUAUCACACCCCUCUUCUUCAGGCAUGCACGAAUACCUAGGAGUAUCAGUGCCUGGCAUCGACACGGCCAGCUUGCAGAGAGUGAUAUCCGUCGAAUUGACGCCGCUCGCUAGCCCUGACUCCCGCUCUCUGAAGUUGCCAACAACCUCACCUCGAUUCAUCACUUAUGCUAGACUAAACGAUUCCAGCACGCUACCACUGUUGCCAUUCAGCGUCGUCUACAAGGCACAGGACUCUGAAGGUCGUGACCUCGUACGCAUGAGCCAGCAGAUUCAGCUGCCUUGCGAGUUUCGAGUUUGCCUUGGCAGCGGCCGUGAGGUGUGGGGGAGUCGUGGAACGAAACUUUCGGUUCACUUCAGUCUCACCAACACUGCUGAAACGGAUGAAACUUUUACCAUCAACGCUGCCGACUCUUUAGGAUACCCCAUUGUAUUGUCACGAAAAAGCGUUCGAGUGGUGAGCAAGAAGUCAGUCAACUUGGUGUUGUUCGUCCACUUACCUACUAGGGUGAACGCCUUCCAGCAGUUGGUCAAUCAUACGGAACACAGAACUUACGACAUCUCGAGCAUCAAGUCUGUGUCCAACUCUCUUGUGAUCACAGCGACUUCUCCUAAGGGACAAUACAGCAGCGUCGUGGCUUACGUCAUUGACACAAGCGACGUGGAAGACGGUGAAAUGUUCGUCACAAGGAACGUUACACACCUCUAAAAUGUGUGCGUCAGAUGCUCGGUUAAAACCUAACCGAACCUAACCUAACUUGAGCGCUCUGGUCGGUUGACUGACGAAGAAAAUUAGAACUGUACGAAAGAUCUUAUACGAGGAAAGGCUCAAGUGGAACAUGAGAAAUAUUGAGGCGGUACAUAGACCGCUGAUUCAGUAAAAAGAUGCAGGGCUUCAAAACAUUCUAGAAGACGUAGAAGUGCAAAUGGAUCACUUUAUUUGUGCGUGAAGACUUUUAAACUUAAAGUAAACGACAUGAAUUGAAUUCACGAAUAGCUCGCUGGUGUCUUACAUAUCGCGUCGGUAUUUUCAUACGAGUACCCUUAUCUUUGACAUUAUACUCUUGAUCGAUAUACAGUUUGAGUAAUGUUAAGAUCUGUAUUUGAUCAUCUUUCGCGUGUCUUACCUUGCCAGCUUACCUUUCCCCCUCUAUUUUUAAUGCUUUCUUCAUUGCAUGACUGAAAAAAUUAGAGUUCGAUAUUACAGAAGUAUAAUCAAACAUAACGUGGUUACAAUUUCGGAAAUAAAUACUCACGAAUCUAUAAUCGCAAUAAAAUUCUUCCAAUUAUAUAAUUGUUUACGUGCAUAAGUGCGAUUUUAAAGAAUUACA